AUGAUCAGAAGAACCCAACUCUCGGCCUCGCCCUCGGCGUUGUCGUCUUCCAAUACUACCUCUCCUCCACCGCCGCUGCUGCCCCCCCUCUCGCCCACCCUCACCCAUCGGUCUUCUCGAAGCCACACGCCCUCGCACAGUACAACUGUCGUCGACGACCCGCCUGCUGAGGCUCCGCCCCGGUCCUCUUCGCCCCCGCCGCCCAGGUCCUCCUCGCCUGGUCCACACCAACCCCCCUCUGCCCAUCCUCCCUCCUUCGCCUCGUCCUCGAACAACUCGACCAUGGGCAGUCGAUCUGGCUUCACACAGGACAGCAAUCAUCCUCCUCCUCAUCACCACCAUGACCGCCCCUCGACCACGGCCCACCGACCUCAAAUGAGCCAUACCCACCUCGGCCACUUCCCUCGCAGAACUCGCCCACCUGAUCCGCCUCCAGGGCUACCAGGAGCAGCGCAAGGCCUACUCGCGCGUCCGUCUGCACCGAUGGCUCGUCUCCAGUGCCCUCUCUGCCCGUCUGGUCCAUUGCGGUGA